AUGGUUGAUGGGAGGAAACACAAGAAAAAGAAACAUCUCUCUUCAGCAACCAAGGUUUCAUCGCCAGCAAUUGCGGAAGCCAAUGGGACAAAGCGCUUUGCAGAAUUAGACUCCAACAUGUCGAAUCCUUCAAAGCGUAAGCGCGAGUCUGAACCCGAGCGCAAGCGAAAGUCCAAGAAGCAUCGCAAAUCAGAAAAGUUCGUUGCCGAGUCAGCUUCGCCAGAAAACAACGCAUCACCUUCUGCGAGUGCUAUUCAAAUUCCUCCCACUCCCAGUCAACCCACUUCGUCAAAGAUUAAGCCCAAGUCCAAGUCCUCAACGAAGAAGGUCCGCAAGCAGAAUGGCGAAGACUUGACAACCCCCGUUUCGUCCAUUCCUGAAUCCACACCCGAGUUGACAGCUGCAGAAGAACCGCUUGCUGUAAAGCAGCUAGCUGCCACAAAGCAACCCCAAGCGCUUGACUCGCCCAAUCCUGAGGGCAGCACCACACCAGGAUUCAGGGCCAAGAGAGUUAGAGGCUCACGCACUAGGGAGAAGGACAACUUGAAAAUUGGAUUUUACACGCCGGAUGAAGUGCGAAAAAUCGAAGCGUACAAACUUAAUUUCUGCACCAUGCACGGCAUUGCUAGCGCCAAAUUCGACGAGAUGGUUCAGCAUUCUGAGCGUGGCGCAAACGGCGAAUUCCCACUAUCCUCAGAUAUCAUCUCGAAAAGCAACUUUUGGAACGAGAUCUACGCACUGGUUCCAGACCGUGAUCGACGAUCUGUGUACCGAUUCAUGCGCCGACACUUCCAAACUUCAGCUCAAAAAGCGCACGAUUGGUCAAAGGAACAAGAAGAUGAGCUUAUUGAGCUCCACACCAAAUAUGGACCAAAAUGGACUUUCAUUGGUAAGCUCAUUGGACGCAGUGAUGACGAUGUUACUCAGCGCUGGAAGAACAAGCUCGAGCACCAGGGCACAAUGAAUCAAGGCGCAUGGUUGGAGGAGGAAACCAGGCUUUUCCUUUCUGUUGUAGAAUCAACGUGGCUCACUAUGAAGCCACUGCUUGCUGAUAAUUCAGGCAAGGACAUGUACGAGCUUGAUGAGCGCCUCAUUGUGUGGGGUAAUGUCAGCAAGGAGAUGGGUUACAUGCGGUCUCGACAACAAUGCGCAGACAAGUGGCGCAAGAUUGUGAAGCAGGUCAUGAUGAUGCGGGCCAAUGGCCACCCAGGCGCGGUGUUUGAUCCCAAACUCGCUGCCAAGAAAAGCGCCAUCUGGAACCGGAGACUGGAGGCGCAAAGGAAGAGUUCUCAAUUUGUGAAUGAGGAUUCUGAUGAAGAUGAAACUACGAAGACUACCAAUCCGAAACUAAAGCUCAGUGGGGAGGUAGCACCAUCCACCAUCGCCAAUGCCAAUUUCGAAUCCGACGAGGGUGAACUUGAGCUGCCCGAGCCUUCUAAAAAGGCUAAGAAGUCCAAGUCCAAGCGCAAGCACAACGAAAAUCCCGCCUCUGGCCCCAUCAAGGAAGCCCCAUUGUCUCCCGCCACUCCUAAAAAGAGUAAGGAAGAGAGGAAGCGCGAGAAGAUGGAGCGACGAAAGAAGGGGGAACAAGAGAACAUUGAGCAAGAAGCCCAGGAAGACAAGGCUGCACGCAAGGACCGGAAGCGGAAGAGGAAGGAGGAGAAGAAGAAGAAGAAGAAGAAGCAAAAGAGACUAGAAGAAGAGGAACGUCUUGCUGCCGAGGCGGCCAACAAGGCACCUAGCAGCGACGCCGAGGCCCCCGAGCCCCCUAAAAGGAAGAAGUCCAAAAAGCAGAAGCAAUCUUCUAGUGAUAGCCCUGCCCCUUUGGAUGAACUCUCUCAUCCUAUGGUCGAAUCAUCCCUACCCACCGCAUCACCUGCUUCCCGUCAAUCUGGCAUUGAACAGGAUGCCGUCGUUGAUGAGACUGACUUGGACGGCGGAGAUAACGACAGCAGCGAAGUUAACGUGAAGUACGAGACUGACUCGGAUGAGCUGUGA